UAUUAUUGCUUAUUAUUAGAGAAAUACGGAGCGCAGUUCGAUCUGUCAGAAAAGUUGCAUCGCAAGAGUUGCAUGCGGAAAAAAAAUUUUGUAAAAAUUUUCUGACAAGAUUAAUCGACUUUUGUGAUUACUUGUAAUAUUUUUCUCGUUGAUUUCACUGGCCAUAAUUAACCGGUGUUGGGAAUCGGAGGCUAUAAUAAGAAAGAAUAAAAUCUGUUAGGUUAGGAGACCGGCGUAGAAGUAUUGUAUCGCAUAUCUCAGAAAAGAAUUGUUUACAAUUAAAAAUGGUUGUGAGACAAUAUCAAGAGGAGAUUAAAUAUUUGGAGAAGAUAAAUGAAUAUUGUUGGAAAAUCAAGAAAGGCUUUCAACCUAACAUGAAGGUGGAAGGAGUAUUUUAUGUGAAUAAUACAUUGGAACGGUUGAUGUUUGAUGAGCUGCGCAAUGCAUGUCGGCCAGGCGCAGUUGGAGGUUUCCUUCCUGGAGUGAAACAGAUUGCUAAUGUUGCGGCUUUGCCUGGUAUUGUAUGGAGAUCUGUUGGAUUGCCAGAUAUACACUCUGGAUAUGGCUUUGCUAUUGGUAACAUGGCAGCAUUCGAUAUGGAUGAUCCAAAGUCAAUUGUAUCACCUGGUGGCGUUGGCUUUGACAUUAAUUGUGGUGUUCGUCUACUACGAACAAAUUUAUUCGAGAAGGACGUCUUACCAGUAAAAGAGCAACUUGCACAAAGUAUGUUUGAUCACAUCCCAGUCGGCGUUGGAUCUAAAGGGAUUAUACCAAUGAACGCACGAGAUUUAGAGGAAGCGUUAGAAAUGGGAAUGGAUUGGUCUUUGAGGGAAGGUUACAUUUGGGCUGAAGACAAAGAACACUGUGAGGAAUAUGGAAGAAUGCUUAAUGCCGAUCCAUCGAAAGUGUCAAUGAGAGCUAAGAAACGCGGACUUCCUCAAUUAGGUACAUUAGGAGCUGGUAACCAUUAUGCAGAGAUUCAAGUAGUAGAUGAAAUAUACGAUAAGUGGGCUGCAUGUAAAAUGGGUAUUGAAGAAAAAGGACAAAUUUGCGUUAUGAUCCAUUCGGGGAGCAGAGGAUUUGGUCAUCAAGUUGCUACAGAUGCACUUGUACAAAUGGAGAAAGCUAUGAAGCGUGACAAUAUUGAGACCAAUGAUAGGCAGCUUGCAUGCGCUCAUAUUAAAUCUCAAGAAGGCCAAGAUUAUUUAAAAGCGAUGUCAGCUGCUGCCAAUUUUGCAUGGGUUAACAGGAGUUCUAUGACAUUCCUUAGCCGACAGGCAUUUGCAAAACAAUUCAACUCAUCUCCUGACGACUUAGAUAUGCAUGUUAUUUAUGAUGUGUCCCAUAAUAUUGCCAAAAUAGAAGAACAUAUAGUUGAAGGAAAACAGAAGACACUUUUAGUUCAUAGAAAAGGAUCAACAAGAGCCUUUCCACCGCAUCAUCCUUUGAUUCCUGUAGAUUACCAAUUAACAGGCCAACCAGUUUUAAUCGGUGGUACAAUGGGUACAUGCAGUUACGUUUUAACUGGGACAGAACAGGGUAUGAAAGAAACAUUUGGAUCAACAUGUCAUGGUGCUGGCCGUGCUCUCUCAAGAGCGAAGUCACGUAGAAACUUGGAUUAUACGCAAGUUCUGGAAAAAUUAGAACAAUUAGGUAUUUCUAUUCGGGUUGCUUCACCAAAAUUGGUCAUGGAGGAAGCACCGGAAUCCUAUAAAAAUGUAACGGAUGUUGUUAAUACUUGUCACGAAGCUGGAAUUUCUAAGAAAUGCAUUAAACUACGGCCAAUUGCAGUUAUUAAAGGAUAAUCUUUACAAGAAAAUAUUUUGACUGUUUAUGAUAGCGUAUAGCAAAUAUAUUUGCUAUACGCCAUAUAAAUAAUAUUAAAAUUAAUAUCAAAGUUAAUUAGCGGCCAAUAAAGCUCAAAUCGUGUGUAAAAUUAUUUAUAUAACAUAGCAUUUUUUAAUAAAUUGUAUAAAAAUGCUUUGUGAUACGAAAAUUAUAUA